AUGGCUUCUCGCGUGAGACCAAUUUUUCCGUCGCUCUCAUGGACACUCCCCCGAGAGUAUGCCAUCAGAGUGCUGUGGGCGAACACGACUGAUGACAGCGUGGCGUCUCUCGACGAGGUGCUGGCCGACGAGGUCGACGCCGAGUUCGAGCUGCUGCGCAGCGCGGUGCACCUGCAGGCGUCUCUCGUGCACCCCUCGGUCGCCCAGCGCGCAGCACGCGUCUCCGGGCUCCUGUCCGCGAUCCAGGGCGCGAUGACCGCGCUCGUGGUGCAAAUCUGCGAGGUCCUGUUCUCGGUGCUGGUGUGGCAGGAUGCCCCCUACGGCCGGGCAGCGGAGGAGCGGUGGACUGCGCGGCUCGCGCACCUCGUCGGCCUCGCCGCCUGCCACGCCGCCGCGGCCGCGUGCGCGGGCGAGGCCUCUCGCCCGCCGGUGUGGGCCCUGGACGUGCUGUGGCUGGCGCUGAACUUCUGGGCCAACGUCUGGGCGCUGGCCGAGCACUCCGCGUGGGGCCUCGGCUUCUGGGACGUGCAGCUCCUGGCCUACGGCGGCUUCUGCCCGCCGAGCCGCUUCGUCGCGGAGGCCUUCCUCGGCGCGGGCCGCGGGGGCGGCGAGGGCGCCCUCGUGCGGCCGGCGCUGCGCGCCGCGUCGUGGUUCCCGGCGCCCCACGACUUGUUUGCUUCCUCUGCCUGCUGA